AUGUCUUGGGUUGUCAGUCGUUCUCGUUUCAAGCGAGAUAUCAAUAAACUCCCUAGCCACUUUAAACAACAAUGGUUGAAACAGCAAGAAGCAACUGCCUUGCCCACAUUUAAAGGGUUCUUCCCAGAUAGGCUCCCAAGAUCGCAACAAAAGACGAGGUUCGAGGCUGGAAUAACAGAGGGUGACUUGGCCUACGUUACGGAGGGGAAGCACAAGGGUAAGAUUGCCGAGGUCUUGGCCUAUAGUCCAGAAUUUGAUGCCGUAUCAUUGUCCAACAUUUCCACAAAGAAGCUCUUACCAAAACCUUUUUGGCCAGAAGGUCAAACUUCUCAUGUUUAUGAUUUUCCUGAUUACAUACCAAGAAAUAAGGUAAGAGUAGUUGGUAAGAGCAAAGAAGAUGGAAGAAUAUCGUACAUGGUUGCGGAAGGAGUGGUGAUGGGGAAGCCUUACUACGAUGAUAGGUACAAAAAAUGGAUUCCGGAGAGAUACAUCAAACAUCACGACUAUGAAUUGCCGUGGCCAACUCCACCAAAGAUGAAUGAUGGAGAGUUGUCAACACCAGAAGACAAAGUCACGGAAAGGACGUUUGAGUUCAAUACGAUAGGGAAAUCUUCGAUUCCUAAACAAUUGGUUAAUCAGUUGCGUAACCCAUACAGUAAAUUCAAAAAGAGAGAACUCAAUGGAUUGCAAGUUGCAAAACUUAACGGUCCUGAGAUGCCAUUAACUAUUGAACAAAAAAUUUGGUUGGCAAAACAGACAGAGAAGCCAGAGAAGAAAUUGUACCCAUUGUCGGAGGAAGUCAAGGAGUUUAUCGGCUCCAAAAUGGCUGACCAUAUGAACAAGAUCGAAAGUCCAGAGUUGCGUCACCAUUUGGAAGUUUUAUCCCAGGUGAGAAUACCAGAUUUUGAAAAGACUUUGAAGAUAAUCGAAGAAACAAAGAAAGAAGAGAGUGUGACGGAGGAGGAAGAUAGUAGACUUUAA